CAAGUCUCCUCGCGUUCGCUUCCCCCGUCCCCCCCUCUCCACCUUCUCCCGCCGCGUUCUCCACCACGCUUCCCGUCCCACGUGCGCAAGCCCUCCGCCAGCUAGCUAUAGCGGCCUCCGCCUCCGCCGCCGCCGCCGCCGCCGCCGACGACGACGGAGGCAGCGCGCUCGCUUUCUAUCGCGCUGGCACGGCGCGCGGGCGGAGGAGAGACGACGCCGCCGCGCGCUCGCGGAGAGGAAUAAGUUCAUAGGUUCUCAUUUCAGAAGACAUGGUAUCAUCUAUAGACAAUGUGAGAGGGUUGACUCUGGCAAUAUCAUCAAGUGCAUUUAUUGGUUCGAGCUUUGUGAUCAAGAAAAUUGGGCUCAAGAAAGCUGGGGAUUCUGGGGUUCUGGAGGUUUCUCGUACUUGUAUGAGCCGUUAUGGUGGCUGGGGAUGAUAACUAUGAUUCUGGGCGAGAUAGCAAACUUUGCAGCAUAUGCAUUUGCUCCUGCUGUACUUGUUACUCCUCUAGGAGCUCUUAGCAUUAUAUUUAGCGCAGUGCUUGCGCACUUCGUCUUGAAAGAAAAACUUCAUAUGUUUGGUGUCGUUGGUUGUAUCUUGUGUGUUGUUGGAUCUGUUGGUAUAGUGCUGCAUGCCCCAAAGGAGAGGGAGAUUGAUUCAAUGAAGGAAAUAUGGCAUCUUGCUACUGAGCCAGGUUUUAUUGUUUAUUCAUGUGUGGCUGUGGUGGUGGUUCUAUUUUUGAUUUUCUGGGUGGCUGAGCGUUCUGGACACAGGAAGAUGCUUGUUUAUAUUGCAAUCUGUUCAAUAAUGGGAUCUCUCACGGUUAUCAGUGUAAAAGCAGUUGCUAUUGCCUUGAAGCUGUCAUUUAGUGGAUCUAAUCAGUUCAUCUUCAUCCAAACAUGGUUCUUCAUAUUUGUUGUUAUUGUUUGUUGUUUGGUUCAGUUGAACUACUUAAAUAAGGCACUGGACUCGUUCAAUACAGCUGUGGUCACUCCUGUGUACUACGUGAUGUUCACCAUACUUACUAUUUUUGCUAACAUGAUUAUGUACAAGGAUUCAUUCUCGAGGAAUGCAACACAGAUUGCAACACAGUUAUGCGGGUUUGUGACCAUUGUUGCAGGGACUUUUCUCCUACACAAGACCAGGGAUAUGGGCAACGCGCCACCGCCACCAUCUGACGAAAUUUGUCUAGAUGGAGAAAAUGAGCGCUCAAGUCAUCUCUAGUCACAAACUAGCUAGCAUUUACCAAAGCUUUUGGCUUAUCGAUGUAACAACGCUUGUGGAGGCUGAAUAAAGUUGACUUAGAACCUUAUUCCGAAUUAUAUGCAAGCAAAAUUUUGUGUUGUUUGGCAAUCUUGUUACCUGCAAUGCCAAUUUAUUUGAACUUUGUUUUCUUGUACAAAGUAAAAGUUAGGGGCUUGUUGAAAUUCUGCACAGUGGUGGUGUUUUUUAUUUUGUUAUAUACAACAGCACUGUCUGUAAACAACCAAAUAAUAUCCAAAUACAAAUGAAUAGGUC